CACAUUCCUCAUUCCAUCUCCUCUUCCUGACCCCCUUUCCCCUUUCUCCCCCAUCACCAAUCCAGGCCCCCAUCAUCUGUCGUCACCAACAAAGAAAAACGCCCGCAUGAAUGGCAGCAUUCCUCGCAUCACCCCCCUCGGCGAUCCAUCGGGAAAAUAACACGUCCCUCGCGCUCCUCACGAGGCAUCUAGAUCCUCAGCAGCGGCCCAGCGGAGACACCGCUUCGUCUGGUGCUGGCUUACCUGACAUCCGCUCGCGUGUCCUUUCUCUACGAUCAGAUUAUCCCGAGCCUGUCGCCGCCAUGCCAUGUAGGCGUCGCGUGCCUUCUGCUGUUGAUCCUAAUCCCCAGGCAGCAGACGUCGAGCUGCCAGCGCAGCAGCCGCCGCUCACACGACGUCCCCAGCCUGGCUACGGAAGGGACGCGCCGCAGCCUCGGCGCCUCGAAUGCCACCCCGGCGCUGAUGCUCCGGAUGCUAACAGGCAGUCAAGUGAGGGCGUGGGCAAGAUGGAAGCGCCCAGCGACCGGGAACGCGCACAUCAGACGUUGAUGAAUGGAUGGUCGGAAUAGAGUUGCGAGGUGAUGGCGCGCGAUGGCCGAGGCGGCGGCGCCUCCAUCUACCCGUCUGACCUCAGCGCUUCGUGUCGUGGUGCGCCUUGUCUGCAGAGCUGACUCUUAUCAUCGUUGGGCAAGUAGAGGGGAUGUAGAGGCGUGUACUGCGGCGUACCUGCGAGGGUGAAGGUUGGUGCCCGAAUGGGGAGAUUCGAGGGUAUUAUCGAGUUAUUAUCGCAGCCCCAACUCAUAUACGGAUGUGGUAAUCAUAAAGUAAUCCGUACAGUCGCACAGCAGCAUCAUCAUCCUCACUAAUCCUCCUUACAUCCUCCCCACCCUUCUCACUCUCAUCUCUCACAUUCCAGCGUACUCUAAAUUCCCCGAACUCGUAUCCUUCUAGAUAAACC